AUGGUGAUGUAUGAGACAAUUGAUUAUUGUGAAGGACCCAGGAGCAGCCUUGGGGAACAGAGAAGUUAUGCAACGGACUCCACCAAGAUAAUGACUUUAUAUCACCUGUACAAAGGUCAUAGAUGUAAGGACAUUGUUGUCAGCAGAGGGAACUGGAGCGAGACUGAUGGACAACUGGAAGUUAGCUGGGGCUCACAGGCCUUCUGCGACUAUAAUAUCAGCUGGGCCAGUAUUUCUCUCUUGAUUGCCCUCGUUCAGAGUUAUAAAUUCAUUGUCCAGCUAUGUACAGGAGGAGAGAGCACAUUCCUGAGUGCAUUUGUGGAUGUUGUCAUGAGCAUUGUGAUGUCCUUUGCCGCCCUCGCAGGAGCUCUUAUCAUCACUAUCGGCUACCAGAUCUGGUGCAACACAAUCAUGCUACGUUUCGAGGCGUGUGAGGACGCCACACAAAAUGACAUUGAUAGGAAAGACAAGAUAGACACUCAGAUGUUCUACACGCAUUUUGGAACAGCUCAGUUUGGAGCAUGGACUCUGUGGGUCUGCUGGGUAGGACUGGCAAUGUUCUCCUGGUUGAAGCUAUGGAAAUACCACCAGCAAGAAAACAUCCGCGUCUCCAUGGCCAGGGAGCGAGCCAGACUUGUCAGAGACAGACACGUUAGACUUACAGAAUAGAAGAGGUCCUCUGUUGCACAAGAAAGCCAUGUUGAGAAAUAAGUAAUAGAAGAGUCCAUGUCUUUAGAGAGCAACUUGAAUUUCCUUAUUUGUUCACAGUGAUGGAGUGAACCUCUCAAAGUGUAGCUGUCAGUAUGGUAAAGUAUUAGGUGUUCAUUCUGGUAACUGACUGAACUGUUCAGUCAAAGAAGGGUAGACAGUCAUUUCAUGGAUUUUCUGAUUCCCAACCCAACAAUGUAUCAUAGCUAGAAGUACUAUUUGAAAUAAUUACCAAAAGCUCAGACGUGUAAUAUUAUCCGGAUAUAUAUUUUUUGAAUUAACCAGGGUACUUGUUGGAAAAUAAACAUACAUUAUUUUUUACUUGUGGUGAGUAAAUGAGCAAUUUUAGUGCUUGUCAAUUAUUGCUAGUGAUGUAGUCUACCUACUUUGCUUAAUCCAAUUAGAACAGUUUUAUGCUCUUUCACAUGCCUUCAGCUUUUAAAAAAUAAUAGUCAUGAAACUAUUGUAAAAUUUUAUAUUGUAUAAUUACAGCAUGUCACUACAUAUAUUUCCAGCAUGAGACUGGCUUACAUAUCAUUACAUAGCUCUGAUGAGUGAUUUUUGAGAUUUUUUUUGACAUGUUACAAUUUAGAGUAUCAAAUUUUGUAACAAAUCUUCAUUCAUUUUACAAAUAACCAAUCAAUGUAUUAGUUAAUAAUGAAAAGUUACUCAUUAUUCUCCUGAUUAUACAAUGAUUAUGAUAUUCAGAGUGCACCCGUUUUGACUGAAUGAAGAACCAUUCUUGUAGAAUUGCUCAUGGCCUUUUAGCAGUAUUAGAAUACCACCUAUGAAAUGAGGUACUGAAAAUGUAGAAAAUGUCAGUUUUGAUUGCAUGUAUCUUGCAAAGGAUCACAGGAAGAUGGUAAACUGCCAUUUCAACUAUCCUUACCCGCCAUUUGAGUUUUCCACGAAAAAAUAACUAAAGAGCUACUUUGUAUGGUGCCCAUUGAAAAGGUCAGCUUUGAGUACUUGACACUUUUGAAGUGGUUUGUUCCGUGAUCAGAAACCCUUAGAGGAGUUCCAAAAUAUACUGUGUUUAAUCAUUUCUGGGUCUUUGGCAUUUCUCUUCAAAGUAGGAUCUGCUUAUGUCUUCAUGAGAGAAGGUGGGAAGUGUUAUAUGGGUGUUUUAUACUGUUCUAGAAUCUGCCAAACUUUUCUUCAUAUUUUAAGUCAGGUAAUAGAUAUAAUGAAAGUUAUGCAUGGAUUGCACAUGGGUUCUCUUUUUUAUAAGAUUUAUAUUUUUGUCCAUAGGGGAAAUAGUGCCAAAUUGAGCAAGUUUAAUAUUUGUAUGUCCUUGGUUUCUACCAUGUAGUCAUAUUGUUUUCAAUGUUUUGUUUUCUUUUUUAUUCUCUCAAGUUAAAUGUCCUCAUCAUGUAAUAAAAAUGUAAUAUCCAAAGGGUUAAUUAGCUCAAUGUUGUAUUAACUUGUAAAGUCCCUGCAGCAUUGAACUACUUUUCCAGAUAAGAAGGAACAAAACAGCUCCUGAUAUGGCUUUCCCAUCUUUUAUGCUUAUUUGCCAAAGGUUACAAACACUUCCAGGGUUUAUGGAAUUAAUUGACAUAUAUUAGUUUCAUAACCUAACUAUUGAUAUAAAUACUGAAGGGUUAAACCCAAAUAAUAAAUUAAGUCUAAUUUUGUUAGAAAAAACUUCCCAUAUGGAAUUAGCAAUUUAUAUAGGGUAUUAAAGCAAUGAUAUCACUCAGUUCUCAGUUCCAAGGACCUAUUUAAACUAACUUAUCAAAAUCAGUGUAGUUGUAUAGAGCUUUCCCCCUUCUUCUUCUUCUACUUCUUGUUAUGCAGUGAGGCCUAUCUUUGAGUACAUCUAAAGGACUCGGCUCCAUAAUUAGGAGAAAAAAAAAUGAAGUUUUACAGAUGUAAGACUAUCAUUAUAUUUUUGUUCCCUCUUCAUUUUAUGCGGGUAAAAAUAAUCCUUGAAAUAAUAUUGGAUUCUGCUUCAAGUUCUUUGGUACCAUUUGAAUAUGUUCUAACAGUGCUUCUAGCAGCUUUUCACAGUAUUGACAAGCCUUCUUAGUUAUUUUCUGUUUAUUUGUUCUCCCCCUGCUUUUUUUUUUUUUUUUUCUUUCUUUCUUUUCUUAAGGUAUUAGAAGUCACUUUUCCUUCCAUCUUUCUUUAAGGCAACUGGUGGAAGACUCAAGCUAAUGUUUGGUAAAUUAACUAAUGUGAGCAUGCAAUGAACCCACAUGCUAAAAUAUAGUCUUUUAAUGUCAGGCUAAUUGUAACAGCAAAAAUACGAAAGGCAAGGGUUUUGUACGCUAUCGUGUUUAUCCUUCAUCUCUCCUUUAGGGGAGUGGGGGAGUUAAAGAUUUACUUGGAAGUGAAAGUAAUAAGUUGGGACAUCAUACACUUUGUUUAAUUUACGAGUGGUUGUUUUUCCUCUUUUAUUCUAUUAACAAAGAUAAUGUAGGUAGAAUGCUAAAAUUUUGAAGACCAAAGAAUUUUUUUCUUUCUUUUUAUAGGUUUCAAAAACAUUAAUAAAGCUCAAUCUGUUAAAGGCAAAUGCUUUAUUGCUGUAUAUAGUUAUUAGUGAACUAGCAUGUAAAAAAAAUAUAUAGAGAGAGAUAUUUGGUUUCAAAUAGAUUAGGUUGUCUUCAUUGUACUACUUUUUCUUCAGUAAUAAGACUAUUUCUUCAAUAACAUAUCCAUGAAAGAGAGAUGAAUGGAGUAUAUCAUGUAAAACUUAUUUGAAAAACAUUAGAAGAGUGCUUAUAAUUAUACAGGUUUAGUUUAUUUAACAAUGCAGAUGCAUUGUUAAAUGAGGAUUCUUGUAUGCUUUCUGCUCUCCUAUUUUUCUAUAUUGCAAUUAGAAAUUUAAAAGUUCCAUCCUUAGUAUACUGCAGAAUAAAAUUCUACUAAAUGUACUAGCAUUUUUUUUUUUUUUUUACAAUUAGUGCAUAGGUAAUUUUGUAAUACAAUAGAUUGUUAAAAAAGUCCAAUCAGAUUUAGAAUAUGGAAACCCCAAAAGUUCAAAUGUUGGUAAUGAAUUUUUUUUUGUGACAAACAUUUUUCUUUUUAUCCUUGUGCAUUCAACCAUCCAUGCUCUAGGAUAAAAAAAGUGAAAACAUGACUUCAUGCUUGACUCAUUAGUGUUGGGUACCUGCACAGUCCACUGUACAUUUUUUUCUGACGGCUUCAUAAUAAAGCCAAGACUUCAUAAGUACUAAGUCCAAUCUAUGUAGCCUCACCCGUUCCUUGAAUUUUUGCAAUAGUUUUAAUUCUAAUGCCAAAAAUAUCAUUAGUGAAGUUACUAUUGUAAUAACUGACUAAGCUUUAUGGAGGCUUCCAUGUGAAAUUUCAAGUGAUAAAUUAAAAUCAGAGGUGACAGGGCAUGCAUAACACCCUCCCAGGAUCAACAGAUUAAGUAGAAUAAGAGAUUUCCAUUCCAGUUAAUUUGAAAGUAAAAUAUCAGUCCAGAAUUAAAAGUACUAAUACAAGUCUGAAAUGUGGAAACUUAAGUGACAUCACAGAUAUGAUUCUCAGUAACAGUUAUAAAAGAACUCUGUAUAUACUCAAGUCCCGAGGAUCUGGGAGGCCAACAUUUAUGAGCUCAUGGAGCUACAUCCUCAGGUUAACAGAAUAAGCUAAAUAGCUCAGAUUACCAAGGAUGUGAUCAGAUUAUAAAAUUUAUCUAAUGGAUGCAAAAGGCAUGCGCUUGAUUUGUAUCUUUCACAUUGUAUCAUAUAAUGCUACAUGUUUAAGUACAGGAAAACAGUAUUGAACAAAUGCUGCUAAUGGUAGAUUUGUUUCAUAAUUUUAUUGAGAAUUAAUAUUUAGCACUGAAUAUAUUGCAUUAAGUAUAUAUAGCUAUUGAGAACAGUUAACAAAUUUGCAAUAACAUUUAGGUGCUAAACAGAAGCUAAACAAACAGUUACUUUCAUAUCCAAUGUUAGAUUCCAAGCAGAGACUUUUUUUUUUUUUAUGUCACAAAUGUAAUUAUACUCUUUUUAUUGGGGCAAAGAAUGCACUUGACAGUAUGGGGACAAUUGGGCUAACAAAUGGUGAUGACAAUUAUUUGGUAAUUGACGGGUUUUGCACACAACCAAUCAUCCCCAACUGCUCAAAUGCUCCUCUCUUCACUAAUAAAAAUGAAGUGUAAUAUGAAUUUAGUGCCUUUCUUGGGAAAUAAAUUUUGUAUUAAAUAAACUCGAGCUCAUGUCUUAAAUUGCAACUUUCUUUGCUAUAGGAUUUGAUAAAUUUGGCAGGGAUGCACAUGUAUGAGAUUGUAUGUAUGUUUGUGUGUAAACUGCUGUAAUAUACUGGGAAUGCUUUAUAGAGUACUGGUAUCCUGGUCAGAGGUUAAUUUUUAAUGACAAUGCAUCUGAUAUAGUGGGUGGUAUCAUAUGGGACAUUGAUUAUGGAAAUAUUCACUGUAAUUUUCUAAGAAAUAAUUCAUAAUGCUCUAUGUAAGGAAGCGAGCAGGUAGCAUAGUGUACCCUUUUUUAGUAGCAGAAAAUGUUAGUUUUGUCCAUUUGAUGUCAGCAAUAAAUACAGUGCGUGUAUAAUAUUUUAUUUUCCUUCAACUGUUCCCAGAGUCGAACUAUGGAUUCAAAUUUUAUCAAAUGUAAAUAAGAAAUAUGCAGGGCAUAUAAUUAAAAAGUUUGUUCACUGCCUAAAUUCAGGUUCUAAUCAGUAAGACUUGACAUCAUUGUGUGUAGGUAAAAUGUAAUGCACACUUUUGCAUACUAUUUACGCAAAAUAAAAACAUCUAUUGGGCUUAUUGCCUUUACAUUUACACCAAGAGUUAGGGCAUUAUUUACAUACAUUCCAUCCCCUCAAAACUGAUACUUUUUCACUCCAUGAAAAAAUGAAAAUGAAAAAUCUUUGCUGGACACCCCUAUUAUGGCAUUUUCAGAGAAACCAGCACACCCAUGAGGGGAUGGUAGAGGUAGGAAAACUGAUAACUGAUUUCCAUAUGGAUUUGGUUAUUAAGCCAGUAGCUUUCUCAGCUCUGACACCACUUGAAUGUAUGAAUGAACCCCAUCUGAAACACUAAACCUUAGACAAAAAGUAAAAACAUGACUUCAUGCUUGAUCUAUUGGUAUUGGGUACAUGCAGUGCCCACUGAUCGUGCCUGCUGAUGUGGACAGGCUGGAAGAUAAAACAAUGCACUUGAUUAAAUAUCUUCCAAACAGUCAUUGUUGCCAUGUACUUGACAUAUAUAUCUUUUAAAAAAUUAUGUAUUGGCUUCUCAAUAAAUUACAAAAUGAA